GGCUUUUAUCUUUUGACUGAAAGUCAACGCUGUUACCUAAUGCAGAUCAGAAGUACAAUUCCAUCUGUCAUUUAAGUUCUAAAACAUUUGGCACAGUCAAAACAGUCCAUUAAUACAUGCUUUAUAUUCUACUAUUUUCCUUUCGGGUCAUGUUUAAAGGGGAGUAACUGUGGUCUGACUCCACUCAGUAACUCGAUGUCGGUAGUCGACAACUACCUGGUCGAUAAUGGAAUCCAACCUCGAUUCAUCAUCACGGCUGCGGACAAACCGCACAGCCUUCGUCGACAACCGUCAUUUGAUUUCUGUUUAGAAACUGUUGAAAAACACAGUGAUAAGUGAGGGGUAGUCGAUGGUCACUCAAUAUGACAUGACGGCUCAGAGCCCCUCAGUGUAGCGGCAUGCUGAGCAAAUGGAAGAAACUAUUCCUCUUCCUGCUGGCCUCGACAUUCAUGUGGCUACUGGGAACAUCUUUCCUCCCAAGUACCAUCAACCUGGCAGCCAUCAACAGGAACUAUGCUGCUGACAGGAGCUACAUCACCGUCUUCCCUCACCGACACCUCAGAAACACAUCUCACAAGCUUAUUCUGCUAUGGACCAAAUAUUUUGGUAGUGAUAAUUGGAACUUUCGACAUGAUUUCCUACAAUCAUGUUCCAGUUCAACAUGUAAAGUGACGUCAGACCGGAGCAGCCUAGCAGAGAGUGAUGCAGUGUUGUUUAACUCCAGAGAUUUGGAUGCCUCCACAGUGUUUCCAAAAACACGGACACCGGAACAAGUGUGGGCCCUGCACAACUCGGAACCCCCUUACUAUAUAUAUACUGACUUAGCUUUAUUCAAUGGAGUUUUCAACUGGACUAGUUGGUUUAGGCAAGAUGCAGAUAUAUAUUCCCCGUAUGGCGAUUAUAAGGAGGUUGAUAAAGACAAAAAAAUUAAUUUGCCUAAUUUCCAUGCACAGAAAAGUAACCUGUCUCUAUGGGUUGCAAGCAGUUGUACGGACAGAGCACGGCGGUACAGACUUAUAAAUGAGAUACAGAAGUACAUGAAGAUAGACACGUAUGGUGCUUGUGGACGAAACAUUUGUCCUAAAAACUCUCCCAAAUGUCAUCAUAUCUUUAGAAAAUACAAAUUUUUGUUUGCACUUGAAAAUGGCCACUGCCGAGGCUAUGUAACAGAGAAAUUUUGGAACGCAUUUAGACAAGAUCAGAUCCCAGUGGUGUGGGGCGGCGCUGACUACGACAAGAUAGCACCACCCGGCUCCUACAUCAACAUGAAACACUUCUCCAGUCCACGGGCUGUGGCGAUGUACUUGCAGCACGUAGCCAACAACGCCAGCCUGUACAACAGCUACUUCCGGUGGAGGCGGAGGUAUGAGCUGACCCCGCACCAGGUGGUAGGUUGGUGCCACCUCUGUACGGCACUCCAUGACCGCCAGCGACCAGCACAGCUGUAUACAGACCUCCGCGGCUGGGUGGAUGCCGACACCUGUCACGGCUACUCUGUUUGGGGCAUGAUGACAGACUACAUAGCCCGCUUUGCCUUUCUCAUUGGCUUCUGAUCACUGACAACCCAGGUCACAUAUAGCAUCACUCUGUCAAGGGCCUGCUAUUUGAGCCUAGAAAGAUGGAAUCACAGAUACAACCAGCCCAGCACAGAUUGCUGUAGAGUGAGAGCCAAUCAUGUCCUGUCCUCACUUGGUCAGACUUCCUGGGGGACAUUCCGGAUACUGUCACUAACAGUUUAUCCGGACAAAUCCUUACUUUGUUGCCAAAAUCACUUUUUCGUUAAAUAAAUGUUAUAUUCUU